UAUUUGCAUUUAAAGUUAUAAAAUUUUAAACUUCAUCAUAGUAAAUUUAUCUAUAAGAUAAAUUUAAAGGUGGAAAAGUGUUAUUGCAAAUUUGAUUUGAUCAAACGGGUAGAGAAUGUGCAUAGAGUGAGCAAGUGCGAGUUAGUUUUCAAAAGGCGUACAAAGAUGUCUGCCACUGACAUUGUUAAAAAUAUUGAAAAUGGGGUUUCCAAGAUUGAGGAGAAUUCUGAAGAUGUUUACCUUGAAGAUUGUCCAUUAUGGUUGACCAAGGACUAUAUGGAAACAUGUUUGAGAUGUCAUUACAAGGAUAAUGAUUUGAAAAUCCUUAAAAUGCAUGCCAAACCUGCGUUGGGUAAAGGUGAGAACUAUGGCGGUGUAUUAACACGCAUCAAAGCUGAUUACAGAACCACUCAAGGUGUUUGCAAACGUGGAGGCUUUAUUCUCAAGACCACCUAUGAGGGAGAUGACUUUGCCCAAGAGUCCAUUAAACCCUAUGAUAUUUUCAAUAGGGAAAUAGAAAUCUAUGAAACUGUAUUGCCCAAACUAAAUGAGUUGCUUAAGGAGUCGGGUGCUGAAGAACAAAUCUUUGCUCAAACAUUGAUGGUGGAUCGUGAGAGGUCAGCUUUGAUAUUUGAAGAUCUCAAUGAGAGAGACUAUAUAAUGGCUGAUCGUUUGAAGGGCCUUGACAUGGAUAUUGUGAAAAUUAUUCUACGAAAAUUGGCUAAAAUGCAUGCCUGUUCGGCAGUGUUAAAUGAACGUGAAAAAGGCUGCUUGGAACAUUAUGACAAGGGUAUGUUUAAUCGCCAUACUGAAGCUUAUGCUCCCUGCUUUGUGGGUUUGUUUGAGGCUUGUAUACGUCGAGUGGAACAGUGGCCUGGUUUUGAGGAUAUUACAGCUAAACUGAAAUCGUUGAUUCCUUUGUACAUGGAAUUGAAUAAACAAGUUUUCGAUCCCCUACCCUCACACCUCAAUGUCUUUAUCCAUGGUGAUGUAUGGACCAACAAUGUCCUGGUAAAGUUUGAUAAGCAAACUCACAAACCUUUGGAUGUCAUCAUAAUUGACUUUCAAUACAGUGCCUGGAGUUCGCCAGCUGUGGAUUUGUUUUAUUUUAUGAAUACCUCGUUGAAGGAGGAAAUGCAUUUGCAUGGCCAGGAAGAAUUGAUACACUUUUAUUAUGGAUAUUUGAGGGACAUUUUGGAGAGAUUAAAUUAUGGAGGAGAUAUUCCAAGUUUACAUCGCUUUCAGCAGCAAAUGCAGGAAAAGUCGUUUUAUGCUAUGCACUCCACCCUCGUAGUUCAGCCAGUGCAACGUAAUAAUGUCAAUGACGAUGCUGAUUUUGCUGCCCUCAUGAAAAGCGAUGAAAGAGGUGUUAGAUUUAAGAACACCUGUUACAUGAAUCCCUAUGUCCAGAAAAUGAUUCGUCAAUUGUUGCCGAUCUAUGAUCACAGAGGCCUUUUGGAUAAGCACCAGUAAGAAGAAGGUUUAAAGAAAAGCAAUAUGUACCAAAACUUUUGAAAUAAAUGCGUUAGUAUUGAAAGAUUUGUAAAA